GAGUUACCCGAACUGUCUGGGCUAGGACUUCCUGUCAGUGAGGUCGAAAGCCUUCCGAGCGUCACGGCGUCACUUCCCUCCUCAACUUUGUGGAAAAGGUUGCCAUGGAGAUGGGCACCAGCUUCCGGUGAGGUCAAUUACGAUGGCGUGGGCUUCCGGUGAGGUCGUGUUUACACGUUUACGGGCUGAACGCGUCAAGCGGAGGAUUUAUGGAGACCAACUUCAUCAGCAUUUACGGCCUAAAUCUGUGGAAAACCACUACAAUACAAGCCAUAAAGUCAUAAAAGUGAGGAGCAGCCGUUUCAGUGUGUGUUUAGGAGGAGAAGUGGUCUGCUGAACUGAGUCUUUCAGAUGGGGGAGGUGAGGAAACUGCAGAAGAAGUUGAGGCAGAUCGAGAACCUGGAAAUCAAAGUUUCUCUCACUCCAGAGGAGACGGUAAAGGUCUCGAAGAAGGCGGAGUUUCGCAGCAGAUUGGCUGAGUUGCUGCUGCAGCUUUCUGGCCCCCAGCAAACCCAUUGCAUUGUGGGAGAACAGGAGGAUAAAAUGAAGAGACAAGUGGAGGACACAGCAGAGCAUCACAGGGGUCACACUCCAGCAGUGAAGGUAGCUCGUGAAGAUGACCAGCAGAGAGAGGAAAGUAGAGAAGAUGGAGGAAAGAAUAGAGAAAGAGGAGGUCAAACACAGAACAUCUCAGACAGCCCUGGACCACCAGACCCAGACUCUGAAUUCAGAUCCCUCAAAGCAUCCUGGGAAUCGGUGAAGUUUCGCCUCAGAACUGUAGAAGGUCACAGCGACAUCGUCACCUGCGUGGCUGCUGUGGACAACCUCGUGAUUUCUGGCAGUCGCGAUACAACGGUUAAGGUGUGGCACGUUCCCACGGCAACGGAGCAGCGCAAUCUGGGGGGUCACAGCGGCGGAGUCACCUGCCUCAAUGUGCCACCUGCAGAGUACUGCAGGAGUCUAGCAUCUGCUCUGCGUCUGGGGGAGAAGGAAAGGUUCGUUCUGAGCGGCUCCUCUGACUGCUGCGUAAGAAUAUGGACACUCAGCUCUGGCCAGUGCGUGAAGUCAGUCUACACCUUUAACACUGUCACAAGCCUGUGCUUCAUAGCGGCUGGCGGGGGCUACGUUGCGACGGGCUCAGAUGCAGGGAAGCUGCAGGUGUGGGACUGGCUCUCUCAGGAGAACCGUCAAUCAGUCAACGCACACCUGGACGCGGUCACCACGCUACAGUCCCAGGGUCCUCUGGUGUUCAGCGGCUCGGUGGACGGCAGCGUGUGUGUGUGGGAGGUGCGCGACGGCGGGCCGGAGCCUCUCCGCAGGCUGCAGGGCUGGGGGUCAGAGGUCACGGGCUGUGGCGGGGGCGAGGAGGCCGGCGGGAGGCUGAGGCUGAGCGCCCGCGGCGACCACAUCUUCCUGGCCUGCGGACGAGCCAGCAUCCGCGUGCUCAACUGGAGGACGGGUACGGUGAGCAGAUUAACCAAUCACAGCAGCACUGCUGGCGUCACAGAUUGCGUCGAUCAAAUACCGGGGGUUCUGAUUGGCUCAAGCUUUGACCUCACCACUGGAGAGAGUACGCUCAACUUGUUUUCUCUUCCUCAGUGCAAAUACCUUGUCUCGCUGACCAAUUCAGAUUUACCCAGAAUCCUCUGCUUUGCGGCGUGGCUCACACCAAGCGGAGGUCAUCGCUGGGUCACUGGGGGUCGCGAUCUCACCGUUUGGGAACAGCUUCAAGGAAAUGUCAAGAAGAGGGGUGAUGUCACUGUGAGACGAGACGGCCGACUGGACAACUCGCUUACGGAAUCAGACGGAGACUCGGAGGAGGAGGAGAGUGAGGACGGUGAUGAAGACUCAACUCCCCAGGAUGCAUCAGACGCAGAAGAAGUGGCUACUUCGUCUUGGCUACGAUGCGUCCUCCAAUGAGAGAGAGAGAGGGAGUGAGAGAGAGACUUGGACUGAAAAUAGAGAAAACGUGGGGUGUGAAGUGUAACAGAUUGAAUGAGUGGUGACGGGGCACAAAGAGCGGCUGGACGACAGAUUGUUCAGCGUGUAAACCUCGUGUCACGUAGCCAAUAAAAGUGCCAUAUUGUG